AUUGAGCUGGAAAUUCCUACGAAGAAGGAACUGUUCGAUUCAAGGCUUCGGUAACUUGAUUAUAGUUUUAGCUACUCCGUACGAUGCUUGAAUUUAUAUUGUAACGUGAACGAAAGUCAGGAACUUUCGGUUGGUAUCAUUCGUAUUCGUACAUAUUGUCUAAACCGGAUGCAAAUUAGCUAAUAUUUAAAUAUUUACUGACAUAAUGUGUGUUAGUAAGUUUGGAAACUGUAAUUUCAUGUAUACCGAUAGAGUUUUUCAUUGCUAUCGGCUAUCGACUAUAGACUAUCGAGUCGAGUGGCAGCACUAGUUAAGUGACCAGUGCAAAUGUGCAAAUUGCCUUUGCGUUUGUAAACGAAAGCAGUUGUGUCGUAUAUUUUCUGAUAAAAUUGGGAAAAAAUCAUUAUAAAUGUUCUCGUAUUAUAGACAGCUAAAUAUAUAAACAGUGUUUACUAUACUGUUAAGUAACCACGAUAAGCAUGGUUCGAAGUAGCGACAAGGAUAGACAUCACAGAAGACGGUCGAGAUCGCGAUCGAGGUCUCGAUCGGCCACACCGGAGAAGAAACGACGGCGUUCUAGGAGCAGGGAUAGGGAUAGAGAUAGGGAAAGAGACAAGGGCCGACACAGGGAACGAAGAAGUCGUUCCAGAGACAGAGACAGAGAAAGGGAAAGAGAAAGAAGCGACAGACGAGAUCGUUCAGAAAGGGAGAGAGAUCGUGAGAGAAAAGGUGGAGACAGUAAAGAAAAGCGUCUUACAGGCUCAAAGUCUUCGCGUUCAGGCAAAGACCGAUCGAAUAGAUCGCGAUCAAGGGAGCGCAAGGAGAAAGAGAAAGGCGACAGCGAUGAGUUACCGUUCGAUCACACUAAAUUGGACAAGGAGGAAGAACAGAAAAGAUUGGAACUGGAAAUGCAAAAGAGGAGAGAAAGAAUAGAACGGUGGCGUGCAGAACGGAAAAAGAAGGAACUAGAGGCAACUAAGAAAGAUGGUAAGGCAUCUAUAUUAGCCAACCUUCAGCUCCCUAUGAAAAAGUGGUCCCUCGAAGAUGACAGUGACGAAGAGACUCCUGUCGUUCAGAAUAGCCAGAAGGAAGCGAAAGAAGAUGGUGAAACAAAAGAAGAGGUGGAGGAAGUUACGGAAGAAGUUAAAGGCGACGACGAAGAAGAAGUUGAUCCUCUCGAUGCUUUCAUGGCAGAGGUUCAAGAAGAAGUUCGUAAGGUGAACAAACUUGAUAGUAAAAGUGGAAAGAGCGCAAAUAACGGAACGGGUACAGGAAGUACUCAAAGUGGAGGGGUUGUUAUUGUUACCGGUGUGGCGAAAAAGAAGGUGCAAAAGCAAAAGGGAGAAUUAAUCGAACAAAAUCAAGAUGGUCUUGAAUAUUCUAGCGAAGAAGAAGGGGAAAACUUGCACGAAACUGCUGCCGGUAUUGCAAAUAAACAGAAACGAGAAUUAGCGAAAGUUGAUCAUGCAACGACCGAGUACCAGCCAUUUAGAAAAUCGUUUUACGUUGAAGUACCUGAAAUCGCAAGAAUGACAGCUGAAGAAGUAGAAGCGUACAAAGAAGAGUUGGAAGGGAUUCGCGUGAAAGGCAAAGGUUGUCCAAAACCCAUCAAAUCAUGGGCCCAGUGUGGUGUGACGAAAAAGGAGUUGGAAGUUUUGAAGAAACUCGGUUAUGAAAAACCAACGCCGAUACAGUGUCAGGCUAUACCGGCAAUAAUGUCUGGUCGGGAUUUGAUAGGCAUAGCAAAGACAGGUAGUGGAAAAACGUUGGCAUUUUUGUUACCGAUGUUUAGGCAUAUUCUUGAUCAGUCUCCGUUAACGGACGGCGAUGGACCGAUCGCAUUGAUCAUGACACCAACCAGAGAAUUGUGUAUGCAAAUUGGAAGGGACUCGAAAAAAUUCACCAAGUCGUUGGGACUCUCUCAUGUUUGCGUUUACGGCGGAACCGGUAUAUCCGAACAAAUAGCCGAACUAAAGAGAGGCGCUGAAAUAAUAGUCUGUACUCCCGGAAGAAUGAUCGAUAUGCUUGCUGCGAAUAGCGGAAGGGUGACUAAUCUUCGUAGAGUAACAUACGUAGUUCUUGACGAAGCGGAUAGAAUGUUUGACAUGGGUUUCGAGCCUCAAGUGAUGCGGAUCAUGGAAAACGUUCGACCGGACCGACAAACUGUAUUGUUCAGCGCGACGUUCCCUCGUCAAAUGGAAGCACUAGCUAGAAGGAUAUUGACCAGACCCGUAGAAGUUCAAGUCGGAGGACGAUCGAUCGUUUGCAAGGACGUUGAACAGCACGUGGUGGUCCUCGAAGAAGAUCAAAAGUUUUACAAGUUGCUGGAAAUCCUUGGUCAUUAUCAGGAUAAAGGUUCUACUAUAAUAUUCGUCGAUAAGCAAGAGAACGCGGACACUUUAUUGAAAGAUCUGAUGAAAGCCUCUUACUCGUGUAUGUCGCUUCACGGUGGUAUCGAUCAAUGCGACAGGGACUCGACGAUAUUAGACUUUAAAGCUGGUAGAACGAAAUUGUUGGUUGCUACAUCCGUAGCUGCCAGAGGUCUAGACGUGAAACACUUGGUGUUGGUAGUAAAUUACGAUUGUCCGAAUCAUUACGAAGAUUAUGUGCACAGAUGCGGAAGAACGGGUAGAGCUGGAAACAAGGGGUACGCGUAUACGUUUAUCACGUCGGAACAGGAACGUUACGCUGGCGAUAUACUGCGUGCUCACGAAUUGGCAGGAGUUCCGGUUCCCGAACCUUUGCGUCAGCUCUGGGAAGGAUACAAAGCACGACAAGCGGCAGACGGGAAGAAAGUGCACACCGGAGGUGGGUUUAGCGGGAAAGGAUUCAAGUUUGACGAGUCCGAGGCGGCGUUGGCCAACGAGAAGAAAAAGUUCCAAAAGGCGGCUCUCGGUUUGCAAGAUUCCGACGACGAAGAUAUAGAGAACGACAUCGACCAGCAAAUAGAGAGCAUGCUCGCGCCAAAAAGGACGGUUCGCGAAAUUGCUAGACCAUCAGCUAGCAACAUCGCGGUAGCUGGCCAGCCCGUAGCUAGCGCAACCGAUAAAUUAGAGUUGGCUAGGCGGUUGGCCUCCAAGAUCAACAUAGCGAAAAAUUUGGGAGCCGAGGCAAAAGGUGCUACGCAACAAGCUGCCGAAGCUAUACUUAAAGGAGCUGGUCCUACCAAUCUGAUUACAGCGAAAACGGUCGCGGAACAACUAGCAGCCAAGUUGAACACGAAAUUAAACUAUCAGCCUCGCGAGGAAGAUCUCGUCGAGAGCGACGCAGAGGCCGGUGAACAAACCUUCCGUAAAUACGAAGAGGAAUUAGAGAUCAACGACUUUCCGCAACAAGCUAGAUGGCGAGUAACCAGCAAGGAAGCUCUCGCACAGAUUUCCGAGUACUCGGAAGCCGGUCUCACCGUCAGAGGAACUUAUAUCGCUCCUGGCAAGGCUCCGCCAGAAGGAGAAAGGAAAUUAUAUCUCGCCAUCGAGUCUACCAGUGAAUUGGCGGUGAGCAAAGCCAAGGCGGAGGUUUCUCGACUCAUCAAGGAAGAAUUGAUCAAAUUACAAGCGUCUGGGGCUCAUACCGCGUCUCGUGGACGAUAUAAAGUUUUGUAAAAAAAGAUGAAACACGUUCGCUUUCCGUUGUAUAUGCACUUUUAUGCUCUGCAGUAGAAUGAAUUUCAUCGGAUUGCGUAUUAUCAUUUAUUAAACUUACAAAUGACUAUAAAAAAGAAAAAAAGAAAAAAAGAUAAAAAACUUUGUAUUUAACGAUACAAUAACCAAGUUUGCUUAACAUUUAAGGGAGUAUCUGUGACUAAUACAAAUCUGUGAAAAAUCCACGGACCACGCGUAGUCGUCGUUUGGUAACUUUAGUUUGGGAAGAUUUUAUUUACAAUUUGCAACAUAAUCAUCCUUAAAUCACGCACGCACGCACGCGCACACACCCGUUUUCUUUGGUAAGAUAAAAAGAACUACUCUCCUCUAUAUAUAUAUAUAUUACGUAGGCACUAGAAGAAUCACAGUCAUGAAAUCGACGAUAUCGCGGACGAUAACGCCAUUAGGUAAAAAAAAAAGAAGAACGCUCAGCACCUUUUAAAAUAGGCGGUAAAUCACUGAUUGCGAUUUUAAAUUGACGCAACCAGUGAUAUUCUUUGUUUUUCCUUUCGGUUCUCUUUUUUGUUUUCUCAAGAAAUGACAAUAUAAAGGAGAACUAUCCCGAAAAACAUUGGCGGAAAACAUGUUCCGCUCGUAAUGGCACUCGAUAUAUAACUAUGAGCGAUUUCUGCUCUGGUAAGAGCACCUAAAGGCACUUCGGCCGCGAUUUUAGGGCUUCUCUCGGAAAUUCUGGUAACUAGUUUCUCAGUCUCCGUCACACAGGCCCGUAGCUGGAGUGUCGAAGGUCUGUUGGAGGUGGACUGUAUAACGAUGAAUACAUCUCGGUCUGGUGUCAUCAUUCCACGAAGAGCACACUGCGCCACUUGAAUUUGCCGUGCCAGAGCAGUCAGCAGAGCGUCCAGCGUGACCGAAUCCUUGUCCGCCUCUUCGUCCAUCAUGUAUUAGAGAUGCAUAGAUGUAGCAAGACGGAAAGAAGAAGAUAAAAAUGGUACCUGUUUCUUGGAGUAAAACAAUUUGGCUGCACCUCCACAGACUGGACAGCAAGCACCCGGCGGUGUAACCCCGACGCAGUAAGGUUCGAUCAAUCGAGGACACUGAACGAGAUGGGCACAGCGAGGUUCGGCUCGAUCUCCGAUCAAUCCAACGGCUAGACAGGGUCCAAAGUAGUCGAGGACCGUUCUCUCGGCCCAAGCAGCACACUCGUUCGCGUAAAUCUCGCCGUUAGCACCGCAAACAGGACCACGCAGCGUACAACCCUCGAGGCAAGGUCCCCUGUAGCCUAGGCUAGCUCCAGUACGAAUCAUGGCGCAGAUGGAAGGAUGCUGACGGUUCUCCUUAUCGCAAACAGGACCGGUGUUCUCGUCCCGAGGAUCACAGUCGAGGGGCACGCACUCGUAUUGACGGCAGGGUUUGUGAAGCCCGGACAAGCAUACCCUAUUCCUUCGGACGCAUGUUUCGCUGGUGUCGCAAGGAUUCGACGCGCAAGGGUCUCGAGAAGAACAUCUACCAAACUCCACCUCGUUGGCUGACAUCUCGGCGCAUUUCGCCAGACAGGCAGAGGCGAAAGUGAAGCCGAGCCGUCCGCAGACUGGUACGUAAUGAGCUGGACAAUCGCAAGGUAACGAGGGAACUCGGAUUUCUGCGCAAUUCUUCUUCGAACAGGUAAAUUCGCCCUCGAAACAGUGACAAGGAUUGCACUCGAGAUAAAAAUUGGCUUUAUGCGCGAUGUAUCGAUCGUGCACCCAGCACGAAUUGAACUUGAAGCAAUUCAACGUUCUACACUUGUCGAGGCCGUGCGACGUGCACUGACAGAUUCUAAGACAGCCCUGUUGAUCGAACCGCGGUAUCUGCAGCCAGGAUCCAACCGGUACCAACUGUUUCGACAUCUCCCCCAAAGAGCAAGCCGGUAAACAACGGUACGACUGUCCGUACCGAAGCGGCUGGCAAAUUUCUGUCUGAGCGCAAGGGUUACUCUUGCAAGGAGUCACGAUAUCUUCUUCGAGACUUGGGACGGAUUCGUUGUCUCGAGUAUCCUCGAGAAUAAACGGUUUCAACGAUACGCACGGAGCGUCGGAACUGCUAGGUGAAAGCUUACCGCACAACGUAGCUGCGGUAUACGGCGGUUCCGUGAUAGCGGUCCAAUCAACGCAACUGGCCAUUAAUUCUAGACAAUCUUCUCGACAGAGUCUGGUCUCGUGAAUUCUCGUCUCGCAAGGUCUCAGUUGCAGCAGACAGGCAGCUGCACGCAAAGUUUCCGCUGGACAGGAGGCAGCAGCGCGAACGGGAACACCCAGACCUCGAAUGAUUCCACCUCUGGACCAGUGGUCGGCUUCCCACUUGGCUGCUUCGUCAGCAGCGGUCGAGCAACUUCUAACGAAAGUAGAGGAAGAAAUGAAAAUGCUUCGCGUUAAGAAGAAGAAGAAGAAGAAAGAAUCAACUACCUAAAGAGUGUCGUUGAUCUGUCGUUGAAUCGAGCGCAAUAAGAUAGUCCUGAACAGCCGAUUUCGCAAGGAUCGUCAGCAUCCUCGAGACACCUCCUCAGCUCUCCUUCCAAACUGGAAGACAGACAUUCAGCGUCCAGCUGAAGCCAGCCAGACUCCCAGUCAGAUUGAAACGCUCUCCAACACAAGUUCUGACACGAUGGCUUGUUCGCUUUGGUACAGCACGACAAUUUACCCGCAUCUAACGGCAGACGAGACGGUUUCGACGAGCCAGACUUUAGCAAACAGCUCCAGAACGGCGACUGGGGUAAAACUGGUUUGCAUUUCUCCGUCAGAGCGUCCAUGAUCUCUUGAUCGGUGGUCGCGGUGUGCAGAAUCCUUUUGCACGUUUCCAGACAGGCUGGGCUACUAGCUUCGUUGCAACAAUGUAGAUCUGCAACAAUAAUAAAACAAAAGAGUGAAAAGAGUUUAAGUUCUUUGUCGUUUAAGACUUACUUACGUUGCUUAGGAUCCUCUGCGUGUUUCACUUCGGCGACGCUCUUUAAACACUUUGGAACUUGAUGAAAACACCCUUUGCUUGUGUACAAUUUUAAAUUAGACAUUUUACCGGGUUUAUAAAACAGAUCUUGACAUAUGGAUCUACAGGUGUCGUUGGAGACGGUGAUGCAGCAGUGUUCGGCUUCCUCUCGCUUCUCCAAACACGAGAAGAACUCGAGCUCGUCGCUUGGCCGACAAGUAUCGUUCAGAUGCUUUCUAGAUCCUGCUAGAGCGCAGCUGGAUCGACAUAUUGGAUUCUGCGCCAGGGUUUACAAUGGAAAAGAAGAAGAGUUACGUUGACUGGCUUACCGUGUAGAGUCGAGUUGACGCAGGCCCAGAAUUCGCUCUGAAAGGAAGAAGAUAGUCGUCCAAGAAAAAGUGUAAAUCGAGUCGAACGUAAAAAAUACAUUGAAAGAGAGAGAGGGAGAGAGAACGAAGAAUCGAGCAGUUUUAAAUACAACUUUGCAGUGAAAGUGUUGCGAACGUUAAGGACGUAAACGAUAGCGAACCGAGGAGACGACGCAGGUAUUUUUGUCGCGGUAUAUUCUGGGAGCUAUGCGCUACCAAGCCUCGUCGCCAUUUUCGAAAGGGUUGCAUUUUUCUUGCAAAAAACUAGACACGAUGAGUGGCGAACGUUCUUUCGAUCCAGUUCAAUUUCAUUGUCUGAGAAUUGAAAGUACAGCUAAAGAUAAAUAAACUAAGGAACGACUUGUAUGUUUUACAAUAACGAUUGUAAAGACUGUCGGCCAGCCUGCUUCGAGUAACUCGUCACUGCAGACAUUGAUGAAACUUGAUGAAAGGCAAAUGUUUGAGAGAAGCGUACCUUGGAGCAGACACUGCGACACGAUCCGGCGGCCAAAGAACAACAGGACAUCUCUGGAACAAAUAAAGCAGAAUUGAAUAGGAGAUCUGUCGGAAGGAUGCGAAAACAUGUGGCAACUAGAACUCGAGGAUCCUUUCCUCGCAUUUUCCCUAGACACAAAACAGAUGCGUGUCCUGCGUUACGUCAAUUCGGAUAGAGAAAGGAUCUGCUUUUCUGCUGCCGGAUGAGGAUACGUAAGGCAUGUCAAAGCUGAAGGACUCUCUCGGACCAUCUCUCAAACUGCUUUCUUUGAUCGUGAAAAGGUAAAAGAAAAAAUUAUUAUAAAUUCUUUGAAAAUUGAAAACUGUUUCGUUGCUGGUGCGUUUAUUGAUUAGAAAUUGAUAAAAUACAGUUUUAAUUUGCUUAAAUACCAGUUUCUUCCAAGCAUUUCUGUUGUUUUUCUGAAGGGGAUAUUAUUUUUAUUAAAUAAUCUUACGGGUGGGAACGUAAGUCGUAAGUGAUCAUUUACGACUUUACGUGCGCCGUAUGCGGGUCCAGUCAAACUGCCGGCUUAUGAGUACUAGCAACCGAACUCGUGAACGUCGGGAACAAUAAAGGAUGCACACGAGCAUAGAAGUUGGACUGUGGACAAGAGGGUUCGAAGCGUGUUACAAUUAAGUUAAUAGAUAGCAGUCGGACACAAAUUGCGACUGGGUACUACGUUCCUCUGCGUGACUCGCUUCGUACAUCGUAUAUUUUCUUCUCGUGCACACAGCUCGAUCAUUUUAAUCUAUCACAAUUUUUAUUACACUCUCUUUUCUUCUUUCUCGAAUUUUAUUCAACAGAGAUUUGUACAGUUGGUCGAAUCGGAAAUGACGCGUCGCGUCGCAGCGUGUUUUCAUAGGGAGGUAGGAAUUUUCUCGAAUAUCGAUUUCAUCCAGGGAUGUAGCCUUUCCUUUACACCAUUCUUUAGACCAUUAUUAGAUGAAAAGCUAUGGUUAGAUAAAAAAUAAUCUAAUGGCAAAGAUAUAUAAGUAGGUAGAUGGUCGCGAGUUUGUGGCUUUUCUCGCGGACGAUUUUAAAAUAGCCGAUCUAAGCCGCGAAAGUCCCCUUAAUUUUAUCCACUCGAAUGAAAUGAAACAACCAAGACCUCCUUCACUUUGCCAACUCGCCAACUUUAGUCCUCUUUGAAAAUCACCGUCAACGUGAACCAUUAGGCAACGUUCUUGUAAAGACUAAAACGAGAUAAAAAGCACAGUGACUAUGGAAAUUGGUCGCAAAUGCGAUACAGUUGCAUAUAAAAGAAAUUGACUAGCCUCGCAGCUGCAGCACCUUUAGGCUGUCUCGUGCCAUGUCGUAUCGUGUCAUAUCGUGUCGAGCAACGGUGACAUCCACGUUGUUGUUGCACUCGUAAAACACGCACAAUUCUCCCACGCUUCGCGAUAAUAAUCCUUUCGGCAGAACCAGAUGGAAAAGAUAAGUGAAAAGACAUGCGAUAUUUCAAAUAUUUACAAUAAUGUACGAAAUCAAAUGGAGACGCAGCUGAAUAAGAAAAAAGAAAAGAAAAGAAAAGAAAAGAAAAGAAAAGAAAUUGUUUUAACUCCUUUUAAGAAAAGGAAUAGUCUUUGACAGAAGAUAGAUGGAAGAUAUUAUAAAAUCACAAGCCAACAGUGUAGAUAAUUAUAUCGUAGUUGUAAAAUCUAGUACAGCUAAUGGACUGAAUUCUCUGUAUUCUGUACCCUGUACAAGCCAUUCUAAUUAGCAUCCUUCCACGUUAUCCACGUUAUCCACGUUAUCCACGAUGUCCGCGUUGUCCACGUGUUUCGUUUCAACGAGAGAGGAUGCUCGUGACUGAUACUUCGUUACGUCACCCUUAUCGCACCGAUAACCUUGGGGAUUAGCUUGUUGGGUAACCUCGGUCCAAGAAUUUUUCCGGUCAUAUUGCUGGUAAAAACGCGCAGCC